AUGCCAAACGAAACACCAGCCGUACGUGAUGGCUCAAAGGAAAGUCCUCUAGACAGCGAUGGUCUCUGCCUCUUGUCACUCGAUGGUGGUGGGGUUAGAGGUUUAUCCACACUAUACAUCUUGAAAGAGCUCAUGGACGGCCUGAAUCAUGAACGCAAGAAGGCAAAUCCGAAUUCGUUGCGAAUGAAGCCAUGUGACAUUUUCGACCUUAUUGGCGGCACGAGCACAGGCGGGCUCCUUGCAAUCAUGCUCGGCCGGCUUGAGAUGGAUGUUGAUCAAUGUAUUUCGGCGUAUACUGAGCUCAUGGAGAAGGUAUUCAGCAAAUCCUCAGGCGGGCUUCGAGUUGGCUUGAAGGGAAACAUCAAAGCCCGAUGCGAUUCUGAAACGCUCCACGAGGCGGUGAAAACGGUUGUAAUUAGUUGUGGGAUGGAUCCUGACGACCGUCUCUGCGAUGGCAGACCACCUGGCUGCAGGGUGUUCGUCUGCGCGACGGAAAAGUCGUCACAGGAGACAAUACAUUUGCGAAGCUACUCGCUGUCCAGGGAGUUUGCCGAGGCCACGCCCACCAUUGGUGAGGCUGCGCUUGCUACUUCCGCUGCCACGAGCUUUUUCGAGCCAGUCUCGAUCAGCGGGCGACGCUUUGUGGACGGCGGCUUGAGCGCGAACAAUCCGGCAGAGGAGGUGGAACGUGAAGCGAGUGAUAUCUGGUGCGCAGACACUGCUGAGCUCAUGUCUCUGGUCAAAUGUUUUGUAUCUGUUGGCACCGGCGAUCCUGGAAUGAAGGGUGUAAACGAUAAUAUCAAGGGAAUCACUAAGACGCUCCUUGAAAUGGCCACGGAGACUGAAAAGACCGCGGAUCGAAUUGCAGCGCGUUGGCGGAAAUAUCACGAGGAUGGCCGUUAUUUUCGAUUUAAUGUUCAGCAGGGUUUACAGGGUGUUGAUAUGGCAGAGUUUCGAGAACGUGAGAAGAUUGCGGGAGCGACGUGUCGGUAUCUCAAGCAGACAGAACUGCAAUCGCGCAUGCGAAAGUGUGUGCGCAAUUUGCAGGGGAAACAGAAUAAAACACGAUUGGACUUCGAUGCAACGAUGAACAAACACUGUGAACUCAUCAGUCAGCUGCGUCUUCGUCCCCGUAACCAUAAACCCUGCCGGUAUAUUCCUUUUGAAUGCAAUGACGGGUUCGUUGGCCGCAACGCAGAGCUUGCCGAAAUAGAAUCAAAACUCUUUAUCGAAGGUGGCUGCUCAAAAAUGGCUGUUUACGGACUCGGAGGAAUCGGAAAGACCCAAAUAGUCCUUGAACUUGCUUACCGUACAAUGGAAAAGAGACCAGACUGCUCAAUAUUCUGGCUCCCAGCGAUCAGUGUCGAUGCAAUGAAGAAGGCGUAUCUGGAUAUUGGCCGCCAACUCCAACUACCUGGCUUGGACGAGAAAGAUGCAGACAUUGUCGCUUUGUUGCAACAGCAUCUAAGCCAAGACAGCAGUGGACAAUGGCUUUUGAUCAUUGAUAAUGCCGACGACGUGGAUAUGUGGUUUGCCUCUGGAGCCGAUACCGCCAGAUCCACACCUUUGAUCAAAUGCUUGCCUAGAAGCAGCCGCGGAUCUAUCUUGUUCACGACACGCACGUUGAAGGCUGCAAUAAAAUACGCCCCGACGAAUACCGUUAAGAUCCACCAGAUGAACGAAGACGACGCAAAGCAAUUCCUACACAGUGAAAUUUUAAAUAAGACCAUACUGCAGUUUGAAGAAGCCCAAGCGGCAUUGUUACAUCACCUCGCCUUUCUUCCUCUAGCCAUCCGACAGGCAACAGCGUACAUUAACGAAAAUGACACUUCUCUAAGCGAAUAUCUGGAGCUCCUGGAAGGCACCGAAGAGGAGAUCCUUGAAGUGUUGAGUGAAGAUUUCGAGGACGAGGGAAGAUACAGCGAGACGAAGAACCCCGUAGCUGUAACUUGGCUAAUCUCAUUUGAACAAAUCCGGAAGCGUGAUCCCUUGGCAGCUGAGUACUUAUCCUUCAUGUCCUGUAUUGAGCCAAAAGCGAUCCCAAAGACGCUUCUGCCAUCGCAUUUGCUCAGUAAGAUUAAAGUGCAGCGUGCACUUGGAACUCUGCUUGCAUAUUCAUUUGUCGCCAAGCGGCCGGCCGAUGAGCUUCUAGACCUGCAUAGUUUGGUUCGUCUUGCAACGCGCAACUGGCUGAAGCAGCGUGGGUCCCUUGGAAGCCACAUGAUUAAGGCAAUGAGGCACUUGGCCAAUGUGUUCCCUAGCUGUGACGAGUGCAACAGGGCAAUAUGGCGAGCGUAUUUGCCACACGCAAUGUGCAUUCUUGCAGCUAAAUGUUUCUCUAGCAAUGAUUCAUAUCAACCUCAGUUAUUACUCAGUGUCGGGAGGUGCUUGUUGGAAGACGGGAGGUAUAACGAGGCAGAGCGGGUUCUGCAAGAAUCCACAGACAUGUACUCGAAAAGGCUUGGAGAGGAACACCCUAGUACUUUGAUAAGCAUGAGUGCUCUUGCUUAUAUAUACUCUCGUCAAAAAAAAUUGGAACUUGCACAGGAGAUACAGGAGCAAUUGAUUGACAAGAGCAGCAAGAUAUUUGGAGAAUCUCAUCAAGAGGCAUUAAGAUGCAAGAACAAUCUUGCCUUGACAUACCAGUCCCAAGGACGUUUGGAAGAUGCAGAGGAGCUCCUUGAGCAAGUUCUCGACAAGCGCAGGAAACGAUUUGGAGAAGACCACCCAGCCACAUUGGAAAGCAUGUUUCGACUUGCUUCAUGUUACUGGCACCAAAGAAGACUGAAAAGUGCACAGGAGCUCUUUGAGCGAGUCCUUGACAAGCGCAGGAGGGUACUUGGAGAAAACCAUCCAGAUACCUUGACAAGCAUGGACAACCUUGCUCGUACAUACUGCCGCCAACGACAUUUCAAAGAUGCAGAGGAGCUCUACAAGCAAAUUCUUGAUAAACGCAGAAAGGUUCUUGGAGAAGACCAUCCAGAUACACUGAUAAGCAUGGGUAACCUUGCUAGCACAUACCGGAACCAAGAACGCCCAAAAGAUGCAGAGGAGCUCUUUGAGCAAGUGCUUGACAAGCGCAGGAAGGCACUUGGAGAAGACCAUCCAAACACAUUGACAAACAUGCGCAUUCUUGCUCGUUCAUACCGCAACCAAGGACGUCUAAAUGAUGCAGAGGAGCUCUACAAGCAUGUGUUUGACAAGUGCAGGAAAUUACUUGACGAAGACCACCCUCUUACAUUAACAAACAUGCAAGAUCUUGCUGUGAUUUAUGGGUGUCGAGGACGGGACAAGGAGGCUUUGGAUUUAAUGUGUAAAUGCGCUCAAGCCAGUCAGCGGACGUUAGGUGCUGACCAUCGAGAUACUCGGAGGCGCUUCAGAAUGAUUGAUACUUGGCAACACCCGGGUAUCAAGCGACAUUUGCUUUUUGGAAGAUACAAGGUGAAAGGUUGA